GUCUUGCACAGGUGUACCGGCUCCUCCCCUUCAGUCUUGCACAGGUGUAACGGCUCCUCCCCUUCAGUCUUGCACAGGUGUAACGGCUCCUCCCCUUCAGUCUUGCACAGGUGUAACGGCUCCUCCCCUUCAGUCUUGCACAGGUGUAACGGCUCCUCCCCUUCAGUCUUGCACAGGUGUACCGGCUCCUCUCCCCUUCAGUCUUGCACAGGUGUACCGGCUCCUCCCCUCCAGUCUUGCACAGGUGUACCGGCUCCUCCCCUCCAGUCUUGCACAGGUGUUCCAGUUCCUCCCCUUCACUCUUGCACAGGUGUACCGGCUCCUCCUCUUCAGUUUUGCACAGGUGUAUCAGCUCCUCCCCUUCAGUCUUGCACAGGUGUACCGGCUCCUCCCCUUCAGUCUUGCACAGGUUUACCGGCUCCUCCCCUUCAGUCUUGCACAGGUGUACCGGCUCCUCCCCUUCAGUCUUGCACAGGUGUACCGGCUCCUCCCCUUCAGUCUUGCACAGGUGUACCGGCUCCUCCCCUUCAGUCUUGCACAGGUGUAACGGCUCCUCCCCUUCAGUCUUGCACAGGUGUA